GAACAUAUGUAGUGACACAUUCGGAGGCACAGAAGCUACCUCGGAUUACUUUGCAACACUCAGAGAAUAUUAAAACAAGCUUCGUUAGAAUGGAGACCAUUUGCCCAAUCGAUUCCCAGUUCAAAGACCAAAUCUCUGCUUUUCUUAAGCCUCCUUCACUUCUUGAAGUUCAGGAUUAUUUUGACCAGCUUAUAGCAAGUAAGCAAAUUCGUGGCCUCAAAGUAAAACCAAAUGGCGAGUACGGAAAGGGUAUUUAUGCAGAAGAGGGAUUUGAAGAAGGGGGCCUUGUUUUGAAGGACCAAAUGCUUGUUGGUGCUCAACAUUCUUCCAAUAAGGUAUUGCAAACUGAAAGUUUAUUGCUUUUUCUUUUUUCUUUCAAACCAUUUACUCACUCAUUUUUUCAAAGUUUCCACCUAUGGUUUGCAUGUUUACUUUUUAUGUUAUUUCAUUUUGCAGAUUGACUGUUUAGUGUGUAGUUUCUGUUUUCGUUUUAUUGGUUCAAUAGAGCUUCAAAUUGGAAGGAAUCUCUAUUUGCACGAUUUAGGUGUAUCAAUGAAUAAUGAAUGUACCUGGCAAACAUCUUCCCAAAUUCUGAAAGAUUGUUAUCAAAGUCAUUCAUCUGGUGGGGAAGACUAUUCUGAUGUUGAGGAUCCCCAAAAUUUUGGAGAAUGUGCUUCUAGCAGCUCCAAAAAUAAAAUUUCUCUCCCUAAAGAGGUUGUAGAAUCUUUAAUGAAUGGUGAAUUGGUAUUGCCAUAUUCAAAAGAAUUUCCACUACCUCCAGUUGUUUCUUGUCCUGGAGGAUGUAGAGAAGCUUACUACUGCAGCCAAUCAUGUGCAGAGGCAGAUUGGGAUUUACACCAUUCUUUACUUUGUGGUGGUGAGACGUCAAAAACUUUAUGUGAGGCACUUUCAAAAUUCACACAACAUGCCAAUGAGACAAAUGAUAUUUUCCUCCUUGCUGCAAAGGUGAUUUCCUUCACCAUUUUGAAAUACAGGAAGCUGAAAGUUGCUCAUCAGAAGUCUGCUACUUCUGAUGCUUCGAACUGUGAUCUUCCUCUUCUUUUGGAGGCAUGGAAGCCUAUAUCAAUGGGAUACAAAAGAAGGUGGUGGGAUUGCAUUGCUUUGCCUGACGAUGUUGAUGCUUGCGCCGAAACUGCAUUUAGAAUGCAAAUAAGGGAGCUGGCAUUCACGUCACUGCAACUCCUAAAGGCAGCCAUGUUCGACAAGGAAUGCGAGCUAUUGUUUUCCCUGGAAAUCUAUGGGCAUAUUAUCGGCAUGUUUGAGCUGAACAACCUUGAUUUGGUUGUAGCAUCUCCAGUGGAGGACUAUUUCUUGUACAUUGAUGACCUUCCACACUCUGAAAAGGUCAGAAAGCACCACCUUGAUAUUUUCAUCCUUUUUAGUGCAUAG